GCGGAGGGAUUGUAGGUCAUGUGUAGGGGGUGAAACGUGGCUGACGAUAAAGCUAUAAAAGUAAAACGCAGCAAUCAGUGCGGCAGAUUGAAGCAAGAGUUCAGCACAGCUACAAUAAGAGGACGAAUAAUAUUUUCGGAAGCUUCCCGAAACUACUGAAAGAUGCAGAUCUUUGUGAAAACACUCACUGGCAAGACCAUCACCCUAGAGGUUGAGCCCAGUGACACCAUUGAGAAUGUCAAGGCCAAGAUCCAGGACAAAGAAGGAAUCCCCCCUGACCAGCAGAGGCUGAUCUUUGCAGGCAAGCAGCUGGAAGAUGGCCGCACACUGUCUGACUACAACAUCCAGAAAGAAUCCACUCUGCAUUUGGUUCUGAGGUUGAGGGGAGGUAUGCAGAUCUUUGUGAAGACCUUGACUGGCAAGACCAUCACCCUAGAGGUUGAGCCCAGUGACACCAUUGAGAAUGUCAAGGCCAAGAUCCAGGACAAAGAAGGAAUCCCCCCUGACCAGCAGAGGCUGAUCUUUGCAGGCAAGCAGCUGGAAGAUGGCCGCACACUGUCUGACUACAACAUCCAGAAAGAAUCCACUCUGCAUUUGGUCCUGAGGUUGAGGGGAGGUAUGCAGAUCUUUGUGAAGACCUUGACUGGCAAGACCAUCACCCUAGAGGUUGAGCCCAGUGACACCAUUGAGAAUGUCAAGGCCAAGAUCCAGGACAAAGAAGGAAUCCCCCCUGACCAGCAGAGGCUGAUCUUUGCAGGCAAGCAGCUGGAAGAUGGCCGCACACUGUCUGACUACAACAUCCAGAAAGAAUCCACUCUGCAUUUGGUCCUGAGGUUGAGAGGAGGUAUGCAGAUCUUUGUGAAGACCUUGACUGGCAAGACCAUCACCCUAGAGGUUGAGCCCAGUGACACCAUUGAGAAUGUCAAGGCCAAGAUCCAGGACAAAGAAGGAAUCCCCCCUGACCAGCAGAGGCUGAUCUUUGCAGGCAAGCAGCUGGAAGAUGGCCGCACACUGUCUGACUACAACAUCCAGAAAGAAUCCACUCUGCAUUUGGUCCUGAGGUUGAGAGGAGGUAUGCAGAUCUUUGUGAAGACCUUGACUGGCAAGACCAUCACCCUAGAGGUUGAGCCCAGUGACACCAUUGAGAAUGUCAAGGCCAAGAUCCAGGACAAAGAAGGAAUCCCCCCUGACCAGCAGAGGCUGAUCUUUGCAGGCAAGCAGCUGGAAGAUGGCCGCACACUGUCUGACUACAACAUCCAGAAAGAAUCCACCCUUCAUCUUGUCUUGCGACUUAGAGGUGGUCACUGAAGUUCAUAAAAAUGAACAUUUGUUCUUGCUAAUUGUAUGCUUUAUGUGAUUUACAGUUCUGUCUUGUCUUGCACUGUGAGUUAAUUGAACUUUUAUAUAUUCAUAAGUUGCUUGGACUGUCUAAAAUGUACUAAUAAAGAAGUGCAGUUAAACCUGA